AUGUUUGUUGUGGGUGUCAAUGAGAAGGAAUAUAAGCCAGAUAUUGAUAUUGUUUCUAAUGCGAGUUGCACCACCAACUGCCUUGCUCCAUUGGCGAAGGUUCUUCAUGACAGAUUUGGUAUUGUUGAGGCUCUUAUGACAACUGUUCACUCUAUUACCGCAACACAGAAAACUGUUGAUGGUCCAUCAAUGAAGGACUGGAGAGGUGGAAGAGCUGCUUCAUUCAACAUCAUUCUCAGCAGUACUGGAGCUGCCAAGGCUGUGGGGAAAGUUCUGCCGUCACUAAAUGGAAAGCUGACUGGGAUGGCUUUCCGUGUUCCCACUGUUGAUGUUUCAGUGGUUGACCUCACUGCCAGACUUGAGAAGGCAGCUUCGUAUGAUGAAAUCAAAGCUGCUAUCAAGUCAAGCAUUUUUUAUGCCAAGGCUGGUAUCGCUUUGAAUGGACACUCUGUGACUGUGAAGGUUGUCUUUUGGUAUGACAAUGAGUGGGGUUAUAGAUGGCGUCAACUCAUUGAGCUGUUUUUCCAUGGGGGUCACAUGUUGGCAACCAUUUCUUGGGCUGAGCAUCCUGUUAAAGUACAGCUCUCCAUGGUUAGGGAGGCGCUUUGGAAUAAUUGA